AGACUUGAAUGGAACCUGAUUUUUUCAAUCAUCAUCGUUUAUUAAUGAUUCCUUAAUGCUUUUCGUUUUUAUCUCUCUUUUCUCUCACGAACAAAUAAAAAAUCAUAACAAAAAUGAAAAUUAUACGGCCUACUGACCCACAAUCAGCCCAAACUUUGGUAUAUUGGUGCAUUAGCUAUCUACCUGAGACCUCGGGUAAUUACAAACAGCAUGUAUUUCCCUUAAAACGGUAUGCUACAUUCAAGGACCUGAGUCAGAGGAUAUUUAAUGAAACUGGCAGUGAUAUAUGGAACCGAUAUUCGUAUCCGCGUGGAACCGAUACGCAUCACAACAAUGUGGUCAUCAAUAGCAAUGAAAGUAUGGAGCUUGCUAUUAAUUUCAUGGGUGAUAAUGCCUUUGAUUCCAAUCGCGGAAUUUUGGUGUUUGUAGAUGCAUCUUGGUAG